CCUUUCCUUUUUUAGGGCAUGCACAAGAGGUGCGUGAUCCUCAAUAUUCCCGGUUUCUUCUCUGUGUUGUAAAGGUGCUGUUUAAUAUUCGCUACUAUUAUUUUGUUGAUCAAAAAUAAUAUGGCGAAGUUUGAUCUGACGGCCCGAAUAGGGCAAUACCUUGAUCGGCAUCUGGUAUUCCCGCUGUUGGAAUUUCUAUCUGCAAAGGAGAUUUAUGACGAGAAUGAGCUUCUACAGGCGAAAUUGGACAUCCUGAGCAAAACCAACAUGAUCGAUUACGCCAUCGAUAUCAGGAAACAACUUUAUCCGAAUUUCGAAGUGCCGGAGGAACUUAACGAACGCCGUAAUCGGGUAUUGCAAGAGCUUGGUGAUCUUGAAGAUAAUGCCUCAGUCAUCUUGAAAUUGAUGAGCGAUGAUGAUACUAUGGAAACUAUGGAAAAAAUGAGGGACUCGAAGUCCCUCAACCACUUUCUCCUCAAGGAAUCAGAUUUCAGAGUGGAGAUGAUGGAGAGCUUGGUCAAGUUGGCAAAGUAUCGUUAUGAGUGCGGAACCUACUCGGUUUCAACGUCGUACUUGUACUUCUACAUGCUUGUGAUGCCACCAACCGAUAGAAACUACUUGGAUGUCCUGUGGGGAAAAUUGGCGUCAGAAAUCUUAGUUCAAAAUUGGGAAACCGCGCUGGAAGACGUUAAUAAACUCAGAGAGUACAUAGACAGUAACGCUAUUGGCAACACUCUUCAGGUUCUUCAACAACGCACUUGGCUCAUUCACUGGAGUCUGUUCGUUUUCUUCAAUCAUGUUAAAGGCAGGGACCUUAUCAUUGAAAUGUUCUUGUACAGACCACACUACUUGAACGCAAUACAGACAAUGUGUCCGCAUAUUCUACGCUAUUUGGCAACAGCGGUAAUCAUAAAUCGAUCGAGGCGGUCUACCCUGAAAGAUCUGGUGAAAGUUAUCCAACAGGAAUCCUACACGUAUCGGGAUCCAAUCACUGAAUUUUUGGAGCACCUGUAUGUGAACUUUGAUUUUGAUGGAGCUCGUCAGAAACUGCAAGAAUGUCAGACGGUCGUCUUCAAUGACUUCUUCUUAAUUGCUCUGCUGAAUGAGUUUGUCGAAAACGCUAGAUUAAUGAUAUUCGAAACAUUCUGCAGAAUCCACCAAUGCAUCAGUAUUGAUAUGUUGGCUGAAAAACUUAACAUGAAAGCUGAUGUUGCGGAAUGUUGGAUAGUCAAUCUAAUUCGCAAUGCAAGAUUGGACGCAAAGAUUGACAGUAAGCUGGGACAUGUGGUUAUGGGUGGACAGCCAGCUUCUCCGUACCAACAGCUGGUUGAAAAAAUCGAGACUCUGAGCGUGCGAAGUGAAGCUCUGGAGAAUCUUAUUGAGCGGAAAUUGAAGGCGAAAAAUCAGGAUUCAGUUAGCAUAGUCUGGAAUUAGCAAAGGUUCUACAAUGUAUAAAGAUUUCCACCAUUUUAAACAUUUUAUAAUCAGGAUAACGAUGUUCAGACGAAAAACGAAGAAUUUUGUAACAAACUUCCACCGGAUGUGUACCGUUUUUCUACAGUCAUUUAAGAUCACCAUGUCAAGUCAAUUUCGUUGUAAGCAGUACAUACGUGAAAUGAAUAAACUGAUUCUAAUGAAAAGAAUUCAAUUUGACGAUUAGCCCCUUGGUAUUCGUACGGUUUAUAAGAAUAAUCGAAAAAUUAUUUUCAAAAUGAUAAAAAAUAUUUCGUAUAAACUUAGAAAGAAAUAUAAUUUGUCAAAAUUUAUUAUUUCAUAUGCCAAAAAUACAAAUUAUUCUUGUAUAAAAAAUGGUAUCUCGCAGAAAGUAGACAAGAAAAAACGUUGUAACGAAUAGACUUUUGGAUUUAUUAAAUAUAGUUAAUAUUUUUAUUAUCCGUAGUAUGAAAUUUAUAUCUUCAUAUUUGUUAUUCCCAUGAAUACUAGUUUGAAUACUUUGAAAGUUACGUUAUCUUCUUAUACGCCUGAUGCAUGAGAAAGAUUAAAAAAAAAAAAAAAAAAAAAAAAAAAACCAGUAAAUAAUUAAAACAUUCCCGUUGAGCUGGUCGGAUGAAAAAGUCUCCAAUUUUCGCAAAGCGGAACAGUCUUAAAACUUUUGACCUAUCUCUGAAUAUUUAAUCUCUAGUU